AUGAAAGGUUCCUUUUCUACAUCAUCUGCAGUUGAGAAAAUCAGAAACAAGGAACCAAAAUUACAUUGGCCUGAUCAAAUUUGGAAAAGAUUUCUACAUCCAAGCAUUGCUAGUAAUGUAUGGAAAAUUCAACAAGGGGUGUACACUGAUGAUGAAAAGCUAAUCAAGAAAGGCUAUUCUCUUGCUUCUAAAUGUUGUAUCUGUCAGCAAAAUCAAGAUAGUAUGGAGCAUCUCCUGUGGUCUUGCAGUUUCAGCAAGCAUAUAUGGCAAUGGUUAGUCACCGUUUUUCAAUUCCAAAUACCUACUUCCUUUUCUGAUAUUCUCAAUUUUGCAAAACAUAAGAGCUCAAUUAUCAAGCAAGCAUGGAUAACUGUAGCAUGUGCAGCAAUGAGGGAACUGUGGUUUCAAAAAAAUAAACUUAUUCAUGAAAACAUUCCUCCAGAUUUGGAAAAUUUUAAAAGAAGAAUCAUGAGCCUGGUUUUCUAUGGAGGUUACAGAAUGACAGUUGGUAAUCCAUGUGUGGCUGGUUUUGGUGUAAUUGCUAGAUGUCAUGAAAGUCAGGUUAUUGGCACUGUCUCAGGUGGAACUGGUGUAGUUACUACUUAUAUAGCUGAUGAUUUAGCUAUUGUGUGGGCUGUAGAAUGGGCAGUAAAGUUACAAUGUACCAAAAUCCUCAUCAUAUCUCACUCUCUGACAGUAAUGGAAGAUGCUAAAAAAGGUGUGACGCCUUGGUGUUUACAAUCAAGAUGGAUGAAAGCCAAAAAGGAAAUUACUGAAAUUAUCUAUGAACAAUGUUAUAAAGAAGUGAAUUUUUCAACAAUUGAGCUUGCUAAACAAGGUGCAAGACUACCUCAGGGGUCUGUGGCAGUUAUAAAUGGGAAGCCUUCAUCUCUAUCUCAUGUUGAAAUACCAGGAAGAAAGUACUACAGAUUAUGUUAG